UAAAUCCUCUUCUUUUUCUCUCAAAUUCUCCUUUCGGAUUUCUGUCUAAUAAACAUGCUUCUUCUAAACUUCCUUUUCUCUUUUAAUUUCCCAAUAAAUUAGACCCAAUUCUCUCUCUUUCACCCCCCCAGACACCAUGAAAAUUCUUUGCAAUCUCAUUAUUUUCUUCUUCUUCGCACCCACCCUUCUGUUCUUGCUUCGGCUUCUUUUAUUCAAGACCGGCUUGAUUUAUGUUGUCAAGAGAUUGUGGAGAUGCAUCCAGGAUUGCUUUCAUGUUUAUCAGUUCUUCAAGGUCCCCGAGUUCAGCGAGAACUCGCAGGACAACCAGCUUUACCACAAAAUCUCUAUUUAUCUCAAUUCGCUCACCUCCAUUGAAGACUCCGAUUUCACCAAUCUGCUCACUGGCAAGACGUCAUAUGAGAUCAUUCUACGCUUGGAUCCCAACCAGAUCGUCGAAGACCAUUUCCUUGGGGCUAGAGUUUCUUGGAUUAACAGUCAAGAAAAUAGAGAAGAAGACAUACCCAAUAGGAGUUUUGUACUCGGCCGAGUCUGGAAGCGAAGCUUCCUUCUGUACGGUCCCUCCGGCACCGGGAAAUCGAGCUUCAUUGCAGCCAUGGCCAAUUUCCUCUGCUACGACGUCUACGAAAUAGACCUCUUCAAAAUCUCGGAUGAUUCUGAUCUCAAGAUGCUUCUGUUGCAAACGACGAGCAAAUCGGUGAUUGUCAUCGAAGAAUUGGAUCGUUUCUUGGCUGAUAAAUCAACGGCUGUGAGUUUGUCGGGUAUAUUGAACUUCAUGGACGGAAUAUUGAGCUCAUGCUGCGCCGAGGAGAAAGUAAUGGUGUUCACGAUGAACGGCAAAGAUCUCGUUGACCAGGCCAUACUUAGACCGGGACGUAUCGAUGUGCACAUUCAUUUUCCUCUCUGUGAUUUCUCUGCUUUCAAGACUCUAGCCGUGAGUUACUUGGGGGUGAAGGACCAUAAACUAUUCCCUCAGGUAGAGGAGAUUUUCCAAAACGGCGCCAGCUUGAGCCCGGCUGAGAUCAGCGAGCUCAUGAUCGCCAACAGGAACUCGCCGAGCCGCGCGUUGAAAUCGGUGAUCAACGCGCUGCAAACGGACGGAGAUAGGAGGGGGAUAGGGGGAAUCCGACGACGGUUUUGUGAAAACUGGUCGAGAAAAUCGGCGGAGGAGGAAGUGGAGGAGCCGAGCAGAGUGUUCUGCAAGGAAGGAGGAUCUCCUGCGGUGAAAGAGUUUAGGAAAUUAUAUGGGUUGUUGAGGAUGAAAAGUGGCAACAACACAAAAGCUCGGUCGUUCGAUUUGGCGUCAUUUCACAACGAAGGUUGAGGAUUUUGAUAUACCAGGGCACUGGAAAUCUGGGAUUGAAGUAGGAGGAUGACAACUCUGCACAAAUACAGAUAAUUUUAGUCUGACAAACAUGGAUUGUUAGAUAUUCCAAGUUGGCAACAGAUUUGGGUUGCUUGUUCCAUUUACUUUUUCCUUUUUAGACCUUGGAAUUCUUGCUCUGGCCAUUCAUGAUUUGACUCUGUUGCCCAAAGAGAAAAUGCUAUUUAUUUUAUUCUUUCUUUAAAAAAAUGCUGGCAGAGAGAUAUGAAUUAUGAUGGAAAAUAAAACAGGAAUCUGAAAAUGCUAUUGUUCUUAAUAUAUGUUCAGCAGAUUACUGUGACUGAUA